AUGUUCUCCGUCAUCAUCCCCGGCAGGCCCUGCCUAACAGACAUCGUCGCCCUGGACGCCCAACCCAACGGCCAGGCCACCAAAUUCGCUUUCAACUUCCCCAUUACUCCCUCCUUCACCGAGAUCGUCGUAUUCUUCCUCCCGGGGACCGUCCUCCCCCAGGACACCGCCGCCGCCAUCUACAUCCAAUUCCCCGGCGCCGAGUUCCGCUUCAUCGGCGCGCUCGCCAACGAGCAGCCUUCCGCCGUGCUGAAGGUCCGGCCGCCCCCGCGUCGCACGGAAGCCGAGGAGGAGGACGUCAUGCUCGACGAGGGUGCGGCCGGGAACGCGACGUUGGGUAUUUCCAUCGAGCCGGUGCAGAACGUUGCGCCGCAGCUGGCGGCUCUGGAGGCGGAGAAAGGCGCCGGCGCCGGGCCGUCUACAGAUCUGGUGCGACAGACUCGGCAGCAGAAGGAGAUUACGACAAAGGUGCUGGCGCAGCGCAUCAUUGGGAAUGCGUUUAACUUUUUGGCGAGUUUUGCAGAGUCGGAUCCGAACAAUAAGGGGCAGGAAGUUGUGUCGCUGAAGGCGUUCCGGGACUGGUGGUCGAAGUUUGAGCGCAAGGUCGAUAUGGAUCCGACGUUUUUGGAGCGAGAGGACCCGUCUGCUUCAGGGUGA